AUGCCUUAUGCCGUCACUUGGGCCUUAGGCUUGGGAAAUGUGCGCGAGCUGGAAACGCCAAUCCCCUACUUCCGGCUCCGGGGGGCAAUCGGAUGGAACGUGUUCCGCUUGCAGCCUGAAGAUGCGCCACCAAAGCGCCGCAGGGUCGAGCAGGGCCUGCACAAGCGCCCCGCCAUGGCCGCUGCGGCCGAAACGCUUCCGGACGACAGCGCGCUCAGCUUUGGCACUUACAGCAAGAAGCUCGCGCUUCUCCAGCAGGAAGACAAACUCCAGCAAGGACUUCUUCUGCCUGAGCUGGCCCAACAGCCCACACACAUCGUCAUGCCUUUACUAAACGAUUGGCUCCAGAACCCGUCGCAGUUCACAGUUACACCUAGGCUGCUUGAGGAAAAGAAUCCGCACCAUCGUGAUCGCUGCCUCAAGUUUAACGCGGCCUCACACACUUAUUAUAUUUGCGGCGUGCAAACGGAUGGGUCUGUCACAGGCCUUGUGCAUUCCUAUGCGAAGCCUUUCGAGGCGGACAAGAUGGCUUACAAGGUGCGCAGCAGCCGCAACUGGCCGAGGCCUGGAUAUCUGCAAAAAGAGAUGUCUACAACCGGGCUCGCGUGCCUCAAAGCUUUGUCAAGCGAGCUGCACGCUGAAUGGUCCCAGAAGCCCCGCAACGAACCUCUCAUUUGCGCAAAGCUCCAAUCCAUGCCGGCCAGCAGUGUGAAAACGCUGGCCAUGGCACACUUGACUCUGAGCGAAGCGGAGAUCAAAAGCAUGUGGCAAGCUAACUCCUCAGAAGCAGCGAAGUUAGGCACACACAUGCACCUCCUCUUCGAAGUCUUUUUGAACCGGGGCAUCGUGCCUUUGCAAUCUAUGGAGUUCCGAAUGCUUCUAAAGUUUCUGAGCACCUUGGGGCAUCUUCGGGCCUACAGAACAGAGUGGCCCAUUUUUGCUGAGCGGGAACUACUUGCCGGCACCAUUGAUUUUGCGUUUGUCGACAAGGUCCCGAACCUGGGCUCGCAUGUUCAGGAGAUCAUGCAAAAGCAGAGGCAGAAGAACCAUUCGCUUGCAAUGACGGUUCCAGUGAUUGCCAGCGAAGGCAGCGUCAACUGCACCAGUGAUAUAGCAGGCGGGCGGCUUUUGGAGUUGCCUUGCGAGGUGCUGAAGCUGAUUCUUGUGCACGUUUCUGACCCGUCUGACCUGUCUUUCUUGCUCGGCGCUGCUUCUCUCUUCGGAGCCCUCGCUUUCAGCAGAUCUACAUGGCAGGAUGAGAUCCUUCAUCUAUGGUGCUUGCAGGGCCCCCGCAAUCAUCGUGCUGGCUCAAUGUUGCAGCUGUUCCAGGCGUGGGGAGCUUUGCGCGCCGUGGAAACCUCUUACAGUCAGCUUCACUUGCUGCACCAGCUCCACGAGCGUUUGACGUUUGGAUGGCCCAGUCGCUCCUUCGGGCAGCGCAGCAGCCCGCACGGCGCUCUAUGGUCUGAAGUGCCUAUGUUUGGCUUUGCUGACUGGACUUGUCGUUUUCAAGAUGUGGCUGGGGCGAGCAGCGAUAGCAGCGCGUCACUUCCGCAAGAUGACUCGGCCGUGGAAGAGUCGAACCUCCACGGCUUCUUGGUUGCGCAGGACAGCGGUGAACACAAGUACCGACCCUUCAACGCAAAUGGCCAGCCGUUGGCGCCCGCUUUCAUGAACGCGUACAAUUGCGCAGAAUACGCGCUGUGCUCCGACUCCGGCCUGGAUUGCGCAAGUCUGUUUGAUGCUCUGCGGAAGUGCGGCGUCCCUAGUCCAAACACGCGCGAGUCGCCGGGCCAGUGGGAAGCUGUCAACGCAUACUUAUGGCAUUACGACAUGAUGCUGCUCCAGGUAGAACCUGCAGAGCUGAUGCAGGACACGGCGCUGCUGUCGCACGCAAACUCCAAGACAGCCAAGAAGAACAAGAAGGCAACAACUACGGCUGACGCAGGACAAGCAGAGAGCGAGGACGAGCAGCCAAGCACCGCGUGGACAAUUCUCCUGGCCCAGGAGAACUUCAACUCCAUCUUGAGGGAUGAGCUCCUCCUCAAGGCGACGUUUCACAUUUCAUUACCCCAGUUUAAGAAGAUGCCAGCCUUCAAGUCGCUUCCAAACCGAGAAGCGCUGUGGGACGACAUGGAGAUGUGGAACGUCAGUGCUCUUUUAGAGACGAGCCGCUUGGCUCCGCCUUUUACAGGAAGAGACCAAAACUCCGCUCGCAACUUCAAAACAAUGGUGAGCUUCUUCAAGCAGUGCAAGAAGUUCACAAGAAAGGGCCCGGCUUCUGCUCUGGAAGCACGACAGCGCGAGAUGAUCAGCAAAAGAUUGGAAAGUAUUGAAAAGGCAGACGACUUCUUGAGCUUGCUGACCAAGCUUUGCCCGGCCAAGCGUGGGCCAGGUUCAAGCCUUGCGCGCGAAGCAGCUUUCAAGCGUCAGCGGUCGCUUCAGCCAGAAACAGGACCGUCCGCGCUUGCAAUGGACGCGCCAGAGGCAAGCCCUCGUCAACAAGAGCCCGAGAUGUUGAGACGGUCUGUCUCGUACAAGAACACCUUGGGGCAGCUCUUGCGCACCAGGAAGCAAGCCUGCAAUGAUUCAGCGCAGAAGUGCUCCCGCAGAUUGUUACUUAACUUGCUUCCGGGCUGCGUUGACCUCGACAUCUGCAACGCGGGCUUCGUGAUCAUGCAGCAGCUGGUGGCAAAGCUUUCUCCUUGCCAGGAAGUGCCAAAAGUGGUCACUGACACACUGGAGAGCUUGGCAAAUCACCGGGAACAGGUUUGCUCCGAAAAGCUGCGCUUGGGUUUGUCUGAAGGGAAGCAGCUUUUGAUUGAAGCUUUCAAUGGCGCGCGAUUGGACCCAAAGUGGACAACCAACGAUUUCCUCAAAGAUGUGCAACGGACAUCGUACUACUGCAGGUGGCUAGCGUGCAGUGUGCUGCCUGAUGUUCAUCAACACUGUCGACGUGACUCUUCCAAGAAGCAGCCAGAUGUGUCAACCAUGUUCUUCAUGCUCACUGCAGCCGAGGAUUACAUUAUGCAGUCGUGGGUAGAGCGCCUGAUGACCAAUCCGCCGCAGCACCUGUCGCUACACUUCGAUGGCCUUCGGGUUAGCAGAGACAGCAUUGGCGAUGUCCAACAGCACAUUCAAGAGUUACAGGAACACAUCAAACAGAAGACCGGCUUCUGCGUGCAGAUCAAGGAGAAGCAGCACGACUUCUUUUGCGACGCGGUUGUGAAACUUGCGCGCAACACCGAGCGCCUCGUAGACUUUCCCUCCGUCUGGAAACAGAACGGCAACUGCAUUCCCUGCGCACUGUCGCAUCUCUUACCAGACAGUCAGUCCAGUGAACUGCGCAACUUUGUGUCCAAUCUUGAGAAACAGCCUGGCUCGUGGUCGUACCGCGAGCUGGCGCAGCGACUGCGUGUGAACAUGCAGCCGCUGUUAGAUGCAGAUUUCCGCGUUCCUGGACAGUACUUGCUUCAUGCAGACAAUGACGGGCGUGCACAUUGUGUCGCUGCCUCUGUUGAAGUAAACAACGAGUUCGUCAAAGUGUGGGACGGCGACCUGCAGAUCUCCAUCGGCGCGUCGGCGUCUGGCUCAGAUGCGGGCUCCUCGGACGAAGGUUGCUUUGCUAGCGAAACGAAGGCCGAUGAUUCCAUCGUCCGCCCAGGGCCUGCAAUUCUGGGCAAAUUGAAAGCAGAGGUGGAGGUUGCCUUGACGGAACGGAAGCAACGGGUAGAGCAGCACCUUGCGAAGCACCAUGUUGCCAAAGUGCAGUAUUGCCCAAGUGGCACUAAGCAGGUCAAAGCAAUGGUUCCCCGCAUCUUGCAGGCGGCCGUUCUGCAAGGCAGGCAGCAGUCGUUGAUGCAAGAGGCAAUUUUGCACGAAGAGUUCACUGCGAUCUCCAUAGACGCCACGAUGCGGACCAACGCAGUCGUCCUCCUCCAAGCGAUGCACACAGAGGCUGCAGAGCCCGUUGCGGCCGCUCUAUCCAGCUUGCCCCCCGAUGCCUUGAGCCAAAUCAACUUCGUUGCUUGCGACAACCCGUCCAACUUCCUCAAAGAACGCUUACAUGAAGUUUGUCCAAACCUUCAAAUGGUGAGCUUGGACCCUGUCCACUUGGCAUUUGCGUGGGAGUAUUCCACUUGGAAGAAGCGAACAGCUGGGAGCAGGGCGCUCCGGGCAGUGCUGAGCAAGCUCAGCCAGCGAGACCCUGCUCGAGGCGCUGAUGCCUGGGGCGAGGUCUAUCAUGGCAGUUCUGCUUUUGAGCUGACUGCUGCUGAGGAGGUCUACAGGGACAACAUCAGACACAGCUCCAUGCCAAUUCAGACUGCCCGGCGUAUUCUCAAGGACAUGGAUUACUCCACGCCAUUCGCGCAAAGGCUCCACUUCAUUCAAGCUUUGGCGGCUCUGUCGGCGGCGCACGCAGACGAAGCCUCAAAGAUCGCCCCAGGGCCGAACCGGAAGGUUCGGGAGCUGCUGUGGGGCGCAGCUUCUGCUGACCGCCUGGAGUGGUAUCUGAACAACACCCGGGCACGGCAUUGCAUGAAGUCAUCGCAUCACUCUAUGCUUCACGUGGGGACUUCGAGCAAUGAGGCAUUGCAUCGGGAAAUCAACGCCUGGUUCCGCGAGACGCAACAAAUUCAUCAAGCGACCUUGAAGUUGAAGCUGUUCAUUCUUCAACAUGCAAAGCUUCUGUCUCACAAUGCUGCUAUGUACCACCACACAUCUUCUCAACACAGCCAAGCCACGGUACUGGCAAGGGCGGCCAGUCUGCCCGCGUGGACCUUGCAGCAGUGGAGAGCCUGGUGCCCUGAAAAGACUUUAGGCACCAUUCCACCCAAGGCAGACUUACCUCUUCAUCGUGAGCGGCAGAGCCAGCAAGAGAAAGUCCGAACAGCUGAAAGCCAGGGCUCACGACAGGGAAAGCUGACAGGGAAGGUCAAGCGCACUCCCUUUUCUUUGGAGAGGCGCCAAGGACUCCGGCGCGGAGGCGUGAGGCCGACAAUCCACAAACGGCCGGCCGCGGCAGAGAAAACCAGUAGGGGAGCUUGCAGCAGCUAG